AUGCAGGGCUACUCAUUUGCGCCCCCAGCCGGGCCUCCGAGGGAAGGACAAAAAAAUUAUGUAUUUGUUGAUGAACACAAUAGGCACAAGAGACUCAAGGUGAUGCGAGCCUGCAAUGGUUGUCGGAAAAGGAAAAUCAAAUGUGAUGCUGCCACGACAAAUACGUGGCCCUGUUCUGCGUGCACUCGUCUGAAGUUGGUUUGCGUCCCUCCCACCAUUGGCCAAGAUGGAGACUUCCUGCCAGAUGGCCAGGACUCUACUCUAGAUACCGGUGGUCCUUCCAGUGCUCCCGAGAGCUCCCAUUCCUUCCCAGUACCUCCGACCUACAGGGACAAUAACCAACCUCCCAUGGGAACCAUGCCUUCAUAUGAACAAAUGAGCAUGUAUUCUCAAUUUGUACCUGCUCCACAUCCCCAGCAAGGCCUCUAUAACGACCUUCGAUCGCCACAAAUGCCCAUGCCGCAGAUGACAUAUCAGCAACCUCAGAUGUAUGCUGGGACCCAUGCCCCGUCACUGGGAACACCGGAACGGAAUCUUUAUGUGGACAACGACCAAUCAACCGCCGAGAAUCUCAGUGAUGUGCUUGGAGAGCUAAAGAUUGACGAGAGCGGCAUCGCUCCCUAUAUUAGAAGGCAACGGACAGAUCGUGUUGAACCUGAUGCUCCUACUCAAGAUGAGGCUGAAGAGCGACUGCCACCUCUGAGUACUGGCUCAGGCGCGACAAUCCGAAUCCCGCCUGAGCUUAUGCCUGCGGAAGACGACGUGAUGUCUUAUUUCAAGAUCUACUUUGAUGAGAUACACCCCUAUGUUCCUGUUGUUUCUCGUGCCCAUCUGUACUAUCAGUGGCAACAUGAUCGCCGCUCCAUUUCUCCACUCCUUCUGGAGGCUUUGUUUGCCUGUGCAGGGCGGUUAUCCGAUGAGCCCGCAGAGGGAGCCCAAUGGCUGGCCUUGGCCAACAGGCAUGAAACUAGCUUUAUGGACGUACCACGCCUGAGUACUAUUCAAGCAUUACUUCUUUUGCUCAAGGCCAGAGAAUCUUUGCCGAAGAAAGGUUAUUAUUAUCGAUCUUGGCAAACUGUCAAAACAAUUGUCUCGAUGGCGAAAGACAUGGACAUCCACGAGCACCACAGCAGUCACGCCGAGGGUGAACCUUGCGGUCUCAGCCCAAUUGAAUGCCUGGUGCAGACCAGGGUAUGGCAAGCUAUCAUGGUAGUCGAGGUAAUGAUCGGAGCACCUCAAGGCCGCUCGGACUACGGAGUCGACCCUGAAACAGUGGACAUGCGCCCAACGUUAGAUAUCAGAGGUCUUGACCAAUACGAGAUCGAUCGCUCAAGGCAAUAUGCUUACUUCGUUCGCAACGCACAUCACAUUCGCAUCAUCACAGAUAUCUAUCACAAAAUUAAGAAGCAAAAGGACUGGGGGGCAGACGCCCGAUUUGUACAGAAUAAUCCUCUCUUCUCAGAUUGGCUUCGCAACCUGCCUCCCGACUUACAGGUCAACUAUCCUGCCGAUGGGUCUGCACCAUGGCUGCCAUCUCAUUUUGUGGGCAACAUGCAUUCUCAUUGCCACCUUGCGAUCAUCCUGUUACAUCGACCUCAACUAAUCGCCUCACAAUCCUUCGCGGCCGGUGGUGAAUGGAAGAUUCACAUGUCACUGUGCUACUCCUCAGCCAAGAGUCUAUGCCGUCUUCAAGAAGCCAUUUUGCAGAGAUUUGGGCUUUCUGGCCUGCUCUAUAUGCAAAGAGGUAUCAAUUUUGCCAUUUAUUGUAUUCUGACUUGUACAAUGCUUCACCUGGUUGCCAUAACCUCUCCCGAUCCUGAAUUCAACGCAGAUGCCCGUGAAUAUUUCACCCGACAUAUGAGAAUCCUAGAGACCUGCUCAACGGCUUGGCCCAUGCCCGAGAUUCAAGCACAGAUCGAUUCAUUGAGACUAGCCUUUUCCGCUGACAUGCAACGCCCCUUCGACCUGAAACCGAGUUUCCCUUAUGGGAGUCCCUCGGAACCCUAUCAACCCAGUCCACCUAUGGAUGCGCACUACCAUCCUCAUUUAAAUACAGUCCAAUCUAGAGUGGGUUUCCAUGCGCUUCCAAUAACUCCUCCAAUUUCGACUGGUGCUGAAGACUCCAAGUCCGACACAUCUUCUCAGUUACAAUCCCUUGGAAUGGUUGCCCAUCAACCUCCGACAACCCACCCAAUGGACGCCCCAUUAACCGACGAAAACACUUGGGACCCGACCCGCAUCAUCACCCAAUGGGACAUGGCUUUCUCCGUGAAUCCCUCUACUGUCAGCACCAAUUCUCCGCCGAUGCCCAUGAACAAUACGACACCGGGUGUACCAAAUGUCGUGAACCCUCAAUACCCUAUGCAGUACGAAACACCAAGCAAGGUGUCUUCUUUCACCCCAUCUCAGUCCAUUUCCCCACCGCAGUUCCAUGCACCCCCGGUUGUGUUUUCAGCCCGAGAUUGGCAGCAAAGUGUUGCUAGUGUAUAUGAUCCACAGGGCGUAAAGCGGCGAUGGAACCAUUCAGUUGAUGUUGGUUCUGACAAUAUGUCUAAGCGACAACGGGGAUGA